AUGCCAAAGCGUAUAUCAAAUUUGGUCCGCCGUAAAAAAAGGUUGGAGACCCCUGAUCCAGUAGAUCAAAUACAGCCAUUAUUUGAUUUGCUGAAAAAAUGGGAUUUGGAGUGUCUAUCUAAAACCUUGAUUGGAGAAAUAUUAAAUGCAUCUUCGACUGGAAAGAUGAUAAUUGAUUAUUUUAAAAUUAACAGCAGAUUAAAUAACAACAUACGUGUGUUGUUAGUUGAUUCAAUUAUCAGUUAUGUGAUAACUAAAAAUAUACCGAUGUCUAUAAAUCUUGCUGACAGCAUUGCGACUUAUAUUGUUGCUAUGUUUCCUUCUGAAGUGAAAGAUACAUAUUUUAUGAAAGAUGGACAUAACAAAAAUCCCAAAGGGAAAAUUUACGCCAAAUAUUAUAAUUCAAUGAGAACGCUUAAAACAAGUGGACUGGUACCUAGUAAGGAACGAGUAAAAUCUGCAGUCGAACGACAUACACAUACUCAACGUCGACAUGAUAAAGAAUUUGAACCUGAAGACGACAUUCAUUAUAUGAUUGAUCAAAUACAGAAUGAUACUAAUUGUUCAUUCCCAGAGCUUGAAAAAUUAUGGAAAGGUACAACAAAAUAUCGUAUAAACAGUAUACAGAAUUCUUCUUCUACUACAUAA